AUGGCCAAAGGGAGGCGUUUCAACCCACCUUUAGACAAGGAUGGAAGAUGGUUCCCUCACAUUGGACUGAUGCAGAAGACACCAGAAUCCAUCACAAGUGCCACCCUGAAGGAAAUCCACUCUCUGUACUUGUCCCAGCAGGCAGAGAGGAAGCUGCCGCCCAUAUACAAAAUCCGAGAGAAGCAAGCAAAAAACAACUUCCCUUUCUCCGUGCAUGACAAUCGCCACACUUUUGAGAACUGUGGAUGCUAUCUUGACUCUGGCUUUGGUCGCAAGAAGAUUCCCCACGAUAAAAGGCAGCAAGUUUCUAGAAAUUUCAAUCUCUGGGACUGUGACGUCAUCCCAUCCCAUCUUGAUGGCCUUUCAAAUAACCAAACAUCAUAUGUACCUAAGAAAGCUGUGGUGAUCUCAACUUUUCGACGCUUCCCAAAAUGUUACCAUGAAAAAUGGAACAACUUCAAUUUUUUUCCUAACCAAAAUUAUGAAGAGUUUUCGGAAAACCACCCAAAUGAAGAGUUUGCUAUUGACACAAAGGAUGCCUCUCCACAAGAGCCCUAA